AUGGCGAACGUGCGUGACAGCGAUACAUCCCUCUGGCUCCAUAAUAAACUCGGAAUUUCCAACGAUUCCUGGACCGGGGGCUCGAUUUGUUCCCAAUUGAACCUCGAAGUGUUGAGGAACAUUAAAGAAUGCUUUCCAGACUUACAAACCCAAGUGAAACUCAAAUUAUUGCUCAGUUUCUUCCACAUUCCUGGCAGAAACUUGGAAGAGUGGAAAUCAGAACUAGAACAAAUUAUAGAUGUAGCCCUGCAAGAUUCAGAAUUAUGGGUGGCAAUGAUUGCAGACGCCUUAAAAACUUAUCCAGCCAGUGGCUCUUUGAAUACAGAAAUCACAGAUGUAGAAGAAGUACGUCAAAUAUUUGGGGAUCUUAUUUCAGACCUGAGGAAGCAUGUGAAGAAACAAAACGAGCAUACCAUUUUGCCUAUGGAGUGCCAUUAUUUGAAUAAAAGUGCUUUGAUAUCAGUGGUUGGACAUAAGCCAGAACCAAUUAAACAUUUCACAAUCAAGAAAAAACCCAAAUCAGCUUUGUUGAGGGCAGAUCUAUUGCAAAAAUCCUCAGAUGCUGCUUCCAAUUUGAAAAAAUCCAGUGCCCCAGUGAUACCUGUAAGGUCCAGAGGCAUGCCAAGAAAAAUGACAGACACAACUCCACUGAAAGGUAUUCCAAGCAGAGUGCCAACAUCAGGAUUCCGUUCAAACACCCUAAUUGCAAACAUAAGUAACAGGCCACCUUUGACCAGACCCCCAGCAGGCAGAAAAGAAGGCGGCGUCAAACUUCUAGACAUAGCAGAUCAACCCUUGGGCUAUGCUGCGGCCAAAAAACGCAAAAAGCAACAAGAAAUCGAAGAAAAUCAAGCCAAAAAGGCCCUGCAAGAAAACCAGGCCCUACAAAGUCCACCAGUCGCAAUCAAAAAGGAACCUGUGGCCACCCCAGAUUAUGCUGCUGGCCUUGGAAACGCCACCCCUGCUUAUGCCCCUGCCACUCCACAGCCGGCUGUUGCUUCUACAGCUACAACUCCAGCUAAUAUUACAGCACCACCUACUCCGGCUGCAAUGGCCGCUCCAAACACACCUAAACCAAUCCUUGUUGUGCCCAAAAUUGUUACAUCUACUCCAACCAUACAACCACCCGUACAAGUUCAACAAGCAGUUGCCCCACAAAUGGUCACACCUCAAUACAUAGCUGCACAGAAUUUAAGACCUGUACCGCCUCUUUUAGCAACAACACCAGCAGGACAAAGAUCCAUUAUAACUACCACUGAUCAAGUCAAUGGACUUCAGACGCAGCUUAUUACGCCUGUAGUGGUGGCUCAGAGGCCUCAGCAGCAACCUGCUCAACAGCAACAGACUGUUACUCAUAUUAGGAUACAGCCUCAGCCUGCUAAUAAUUUGCAAAAGCGUGGGCUGGCGUUAACGCGCGAACAAAUGCUAGAAGCCCAAGACAUGUUCAGAACAGCCAACAAAGUGACGCGACCAGAAAAAGCACUAAUUUUAGGUUUCAUGGCAGGUUCCAGAGAUAAUCCUUGUCCGCACUUGGGCAACAUUGUAACGAUAAAACUGUCAGAAGAUCAAGAAACUGUAAUGCAAGCUGACGACAGUUGCGUCACUAUGCUGGUAGAGACGCACUUCCAAAUGAACUACAACAACGGUGAAUGGAAGAGGAUCAAAAAGUACCGCCAGAUCAGUAGCGAAAUCGAUCAUUUGCAUCAGAAUCAAGCUGCAGCUGCGCUUGUAUGAUUAAAGUUAAAUACUAAUAAUUUGUAAUCUUUUGUAUAUUAUUAUUGUAGCAACAUUGUUGCUAUGUAUGGGUCUCAUUUGUAUAUUAUUUUAUGUAUAGGUAUAUGUAAUUGAAAAAAAAAAAACACUUUUGCUUUUUUAGCAAAAACAAAGACUGAUUUUAGCUGACAACCAUAUUUUGAUUUUCAAAUUUAAAGGCUUUUUAUUGGUGGAAUUUAUAAAUUACUAAAAGUAAUCAAUAUUCUGUAAUGUAAAUAAUUAAGUCACAGUUUUUAUUUUGUACAUUAUAAUAUUAUGGCUAUGAGAAAAUAACUUUUUUAUGUAAAUAAUUUUUAUUAUGUUUUUAGCACAAUUGUUAUAUACAUAAAUCUAAUUUUCAUAUUGUUAAAUAUUGCUAAAUAAAAACAAAUUUAAUAUUUUUAAAUUAUUAUCCGGUUUAUUCAUUUAGCUAAAAUCAAUUUUCUUUACAUCACUCUUUACAAACAAUUUAUCACACUGAACACAAAUACAAUUUUUACAAAUCUCCAAUAAACAAUUCCUACAAAAAACAUCCUUGCAAGGAAUCUCAUAUAAAUAAUCACAAGUAAUUUUACAUAAAUUACACAAAUUACUUUCUCGACUGACAUUAAAACUAACAAAACUGGGAUCAGAUUUUGCGUUUUGUAUUAAAGAAUCCAAAUCGUCUUUUGGAUUUUUGUCCAACUUUUGGCAUUUAUUAUUAUUAGCAACAAUUACUGUACGUAAAGUCCUUUUUAAACCAAAUGUCUCCGCCCUGUGACUGUUUUGCAACAAAAACAUAUCAAUGCGACUUUUUAAGGCAACAUUUAAAAUUGGCUUUAAAGUGUCUGUGAACUUUUUGCCUGUAAAUGGAUCACAGGGCUUGCGGCUGAAGGAAUUUUCAAUUUCCACGUGUUUGUCUAAAGUAGUUUGGUCAAUGGUUUUGCCGCAAGGCAAAGUAUAAGGAAUUGUCAUUAACUCGUAGGUUAAAUCAUCUUUGAAGUCAUUAGGGAUUUCAAAAGUGUCUUUUUCAACUUCACUAUUGGUUAGUUUAGGGAUAUUUGGUCUAUUGUUGAGCUUAUAAACAGUUUCAAUAGUUUUUUUAGAGCAAGUUUUUGAAGGUGUGCCCCAAAUUUCUACUCGAGACAAGCAAGGAACUGAUUUUUUAGUUUUAAAAAUUACUAUUUUUAUACAUUUAGCAUUCAUAAAUGUUUUGUGUGCAAUGCCUUUGAAAAAACGUAACUCAAUAUUUUCAUUAUAGCCCAAAGGAGGUUGGGAUUUGGAAUAUUUGCGGGCAUUGCACAAAAUCAAGCCUUGAUUAUCGUAAAAUGCUUUAGCCAAAGAAAUAUACUCAUCACUUGAGGCUUUUGCAAAUAUUUCUAUGCCAGUGCAUUGCUGAUUACCUACAGUGGUGUUUAAAAGUAUAUGCGAAAUAUUUACAUUGCACAGCAGGUCAAAUUCUAUUUCCACAGGAGGUUUUAUGGAAGGAAAAGCUAUAAAGCCUCGUAUUUUGUCCGCAUAAGAUUCGCUUAUUAAAUUGUCCGCUUCGUAGGUUUCUGUGCAUAGAGGUUUUCGGGUUAUUUUUGGUAGUAACUUUGGAUCUAAAAAGUUUAUCAUUUGGAAAUUGGACCAGAACUGGUGCAGUUCUCUGAAAAAAUAGAAAUGGUUGCUUUUAGUAUAGUGUAAUAUAGGUCAAGGGACUAAAUUUUAGUACUGGGAUAUAGGUAUUAAUUUUUCAAAUUUGAAUACCUACUUUGUUUCUAGCAAGGGGCAAACCACCUAGGAAUUCUUUGCCAAAAAUGUGGGGAAUUUAGAGGAAUUUGUAGGAAUUCAUCCAAAUUUAUGAAAAUUUGGGGAAUUUAUAGGAAAUUUGGAGGAAUUUAUGGGAAAUUUGGCAGAAUUUGUGAGGAAUUUAAAGGAAAUUGUCAAAUUUUAAAAAUUCAAAAGAAUAAUGAAUACAGUUUUUGUAGGUUGAUUUUCAAGAUUUUUCAUCUUAAUGUUUUUCACUGGAAAAAUUUGAAAUUUUGAAAAAAUGAUCUUCUCACCUUCCUCUUUACAUGCAAAAAGUUUCAAAAUUUUCCCUUCACUAGUUUUCUGGGAAAACUUUGGAAUGUGUGAGAUUGUAUUUUCAAUUAAUUCAGUUAUUUCAGGUUGAUUUCCA